UGUUUCUAUUGGUCGCGCUUUGUCCCGCCUCUCUGGUCGGGUUUGGUUUCUUCCCGAACACCUCUUCUUUCUCUCCGUGAUUGGCCAAUGGACAGUUCCCAUGGUAACUGACCCCGCACUUCCCAGCCCUAAUAACAUUGCUGGCCCCUGGUUAGCAAUUUUGAAGAGGGCUCAGUAGCCGGGGCUUGCAAUUUGUUACGCAUGCGCAUUCUCUCCGCACUGAUUGGCGCGCACCCACACUUCGGCCCUUCCUCCGUGAGCCCCUUAGCAACGGCGGCUGCACCGCUGAGGCGGUCCCAGAACGGAGACGGGACAGAGCCUGUGUCGACCCUCGGCACGGAGGAGCGACGCCAGGAGCACCACCGAUUCCUGGGACCGAGGAUGCAGCCGGAGUGUGAACAGACCUCCGAACUGCAGCGGGAGCCCGAGAGGGAACUCGGCCCGGUGGACGAAUCGGCCUCGCGGAUGCGAACGGUCCUGCGGCAAGAGCCGGAGGCCGUGGCCUCGGUGGAAGCGGACGAAGAUCCUGCCGCCAAUUUGUUCCCGCCCCCGCUGCCCCAGCCCAGGAUCUGCAUGUGGAAGUAUCUGGACAUCCAUUCCAUGCACAGGCUGGAAAAGACAGCCAACGUUGAGGAGAUGAGGGAGGUGUUGGCGGAACUGCUGGGGCUAAGCUAUCCUGAGAAGAGCCCACAGGAAGCCAUCACCCUGGACCUUUUCUCCCACGCACUCAUCUUCUGCCGCCAGCAGCACUUCUCACCAGAGCAGACAUCAACAGCUUGUGCCCUGCUCCAGGAUCUUCACAAGGCCUGUAUUGCAACCCCCUUGGGCAACGUGGAGGAAUGUUACCGCUACUUCACCAGUGUGCUUUUUUGCCACGGAGUCAGGCGGCCCCCCUUCAGUAUCAACCUCUUUACGGAGGAACAGCUGCUGGCGCUGGCAGAUUAUGUGGUCAACACCUACUUCCGCCACUUCAAGCUCUACAAAUAUGUUUUUACACCCCAGGUGCGGCUGGAUCUCUCUUUGUCAUAUAUGGGGCUACAGCCACCCAAGCUCUGUCCAGAGGGUGAGACAGAGAAAGAAGUUGAGGAGGUGGAGGAGCAGGUAGUCACCCUAAAGGAGGAGGAACUGGAAACAGCGGCCGAGCCACAAGAGCCAAGCCAAGUCUCCUUCCUCCGGGCCUACAUCAGGACCCAGCUGAACAAGGAAGUGGAGCAGCUGCAACAGUUGGUGGAGGAACGGCUCAAGGCCAGUGAGGAAAGGCUCAACAGCAAACUGACCACACUAGAGAGGCCCUUCCAGUUACCUCCCAGCAAAGGCAAAAAUAAGACCAAGUGACCCCCAGCAUUUGCCCCAAUAAAGGCCUGGGCUAGAGUGGCCCCAUCCCCGCCCCCCUCCUGAGCACCUUCUGGGCUUCUCUGCUGAAGCCAGACACCAUAUAGAGGGCAUUAGCUUUCCUAUCAUGUAGCAGGUUUUAUUGCAUAGCAGCACUGACAAGGCCAGGCAUGGCAUUCUGAGUGGCUUCCUUCUACCUCACCUCUGAUCUCAAAGCCUUGGCCAGUGGUAAUGGGUGUAGAGAGCUGAUCUUUAUGAUUAUAGGUGCACCUAGCCAGGCAGGGUGGCCUGAGGCCAGAGCCCAGAAGGGCUGGAAUGAAAAAAUCCUCCUCCUGGAGAGUCUUUUUCUGGGAUUCCCCAAGGCUGAGGGGUUAACCCAGUGGCAGCAGGGCCUCAUCUUCGGUGAUGGGAGCUGAGUCCCCCUCCUCUUCAGGGCCCAUGGUGGGAAAAGGUCUAGGGGGCCGGUGUUGGAAGAGGGCCGCCCGGUUCUGCUGCUCACCCUUCUUCACCCAGUGCCCAUAGAGCCGGAAGGCACAGCUGUCGAUGAGGCGCCGCACUGGCCGCAGCGUAUAAGGGUCUCUCAACAGUGCGCUUUUGGUCAGUGGACGCACACGGUGGGUGCUUAAGGCAACUCGUCCUGCAGCAAGCACUGUCCACACUGCCACCUGGAAGGAGGCCAGUGUGAGCUCUAGGGGAGCAUCCACCACAGGAGAAAAAGAUCACGGGAUAGAGGAGCAGGCCCAGGCCCUGAUACUGAGGCUUACCCGGAACCGCUGGCGGGGGGUGAGGUUCCAAGGUUGGCUGCCUUCACAACGCUCAAAGAAGGGGUGUUGUAAGGCUUGCUCAGCUGUCAGGCGCUCCUCAGGAUUCACCUGCAGCAGCCGUGAGAUCUAGGGGAAACCCCAGAGCAUAAGGGGCAGCUCUUGUGUCUCCCUUCUCACCCUCUCAUGGCCCCAGCUCACCAGGUCUUUGACGGUGUUUGAGCGGUCAUCCCACUCGGGCGAGCUAAACUGGUACUGGCCCUCCAUGAUCAUGCGCAACAUCAGGAUCUGGCGCCGGUGCCAGAAUGGUGGUGAGCCAGCCAGGAGUGUGAACAAGAUCACCCCACAGGCCCAGCUAGGAAAGAGACCAGAGUCAGGCAGGACUCGGAGACAGGCAAUGUGCUGAAGCACUCAAGGGAGGAGGAGAGGGGGCCAGAGACUCACAGGUCGACCUCCUUGCCGUAACCGGGGUGGGUUUCAUCCAUGGAGCAUUUAAGGAUCUCUGGCGCUAGAUACCCUGGGGUCCCACACAAUUCUGGGAAGAAAGGGGUGAGAUUGACAGGAUGCCACCAAUGCCCUACAACCAGAGGCACCAGAGCUCUUAACUCUAGACCUCUGCUGGGGCCUCACAUGUCAACUCGAAUACCCACUAAAGACUCCUGGUGAAAACCUGAUACUUUGACGGACUUCAAGGUCCUGCCCACCUGAAUCACUUCCCUACUCCAACUCUCCAGCUUAGCUAACCUCCCUACUUCUCACACAACUUGUUACCAUAUUUUUACAUACCCAAUGCACAGGCAAAACAAAAUUUAAAUCUUUUCUGCAUUCCAGUCUGCCCAAAUCUCUUCUUCUUCCUACAAUCUCUAGUUCAUGGACCCACCACUCAAACGAAAGAAAAUGAGUGGGAAUGUGGAGUUUCUUAACGCAUAUAUUGGGUAAGGCCCUCGCUAAAGCAUUUUCCUGCCUCCCCCUUAUGACCUCGUGAUCAAGUCUGGAUUCCUAAAGCACAGGACCCUCUAUGACUUAACUCAAUGCUGUAUUUUUAGUUUCUUCCACCACUUCAGGCACCAAUUCUUUCAUCCCAGCAAUUUCCAAACUGUAAACCAUGGCAAACUUCUAGGAAAUAUUAAUAGGCCUAACCAGAAAAUGACUCUUGGGAAAUUCAUUCUUACACCGAGUGUUUAUUAAACAUGCACCUUGUACCAAGCACAUACUAGACACAGCAGUGAAUGAGAUACACCCUGACCAAGCUGUUCACCAGAAAGCAAACAAAUUAUAGACUAAGUUGUGUGUCCCAAGAAUAGAAAACAGGUUAUUUAAUGUGGCCUGGUGCUUUAAAGUGAAACUUGAAUUACCCAAGUCAAGUGAGAGGGUACAGUGAGCAGGGGUGAAGAUGCUUCCAGAAUGGGGAAAAGUAUAGAUGGAAGCCCAAAGGGAAACAAAGCUCUUCAGGAAGUGGAGGUCCACAAGUGAGAAGCCGGGACCAACUCUCAGCCACAUGACCUUGCACAAAUCACUUCACCUCUCUCUAAGCCCUUCUAUAAAAUGGAGAGACAACCUAUCUCAGAUUUGUUGAGAGGCAAGCCAGGUAAAGACUACUGGUUCCUAGUGGUAGAAUGCUCAGUAAAUGUUGCUAACGCAAAGUCACAGAGAGAAAGUAGCAUAUAAAUGCUCUGAGGAAUCCCGCAGUUCAACCACCUUUGGUUUUCCAUUUGUACUGGAAAUACUUCAGUUGUGACAAAGCUACUGACAUUGGUGAACCUGAGUCACCAGGUGAGAAGUGCUGUCUGGCCACAUCAGAGCCCUCAUGGCACCCAAGCACCUCACUGUGUCCCACCUCUUCCAGACCCCAAAUGGCUACUGAGCCCUGCUAUUCCACACUCCCUUUCUUUAUUCCUGGGACAAGUCCACUCUAAGUUACUUUGCACCCAGAAGGUACUCAUCAAGUACCAACUUCUCCCAGCUAACCAGCCUCAGGUUUGGGCUUUCUUCCCUCCCAAGCCUACUAGGGCACCAGAUCCCCUCACCUCGAAGCUUCUCUCCAGGUUCCAAGUGGCAGGAGAACCCAAAAUCUGAAAGUCGUAUCUGCAUGUGGUCAUCUAGGAGAAUAUUCUCAGGCUUCAGAUCUCGGUGCACAAUAUUGUUGGCAUGGAGAAAGCUCACUGCUUCCAGCAGAGACCUCAUGAUGGACCUAGGGGAGGUGCAAUCUCCUCUGCUUCUUCCUGCCCUGCCCCACUCCCUCCUCACCUCAGGGGCUACAGGCUCCGUCAUUACCUGGUUUCCUUUUCUGAGAGGGCCACCUUCUCUGUGAGAUAGUCAAACAGCUCUCCCUUCCGCAUCCUAAAGAAUAGGAGAUCUUGGGAGGUAGGUACACCCCGUAGUGGGGGCUGAAAAAGUAAACCUGUGCUCAGAAUACCAUGGAAGAAGUCAACAGAGAUCCUCUGUAGACAAACUACAGGGUCUCCAAGCACUCCAAGAGUAAACUGCAUGUCAGGGUCAGUCUGGCCCAGUGGGCUGGCGAUUGAAAUAUCUGCAUUGUGCCACCAUGGACUAUUUUAGCAAGAAGUGUGUUCUUGUGACAGUUAUUGUACAGGAAGUCCUUGUUAUCUGUAAAUAUAUUUUUAAAAGGCCUUUGAAGCGUAUCUAUUUAGACCACAGACCAAAAUUUCAGUAAUAGUGGCAAAAAUACAGAACAGAACUUUAUUUUGAAUUGCUCAUUUUAUCUUGUCUUUAUAAACAUAAUUCCAACACUUGAAAUAAAAACACAUGAGGUGUCUGGGGAAUAAUGUUCUGCAAAGCUGUAUGAUGGUGUAAUGGACAGAUACUUCCUACCAUCUCUGACUUACAUCAUAUCUACAAUGAAGACUUCCAAGAGCUUCUUAAAUAUUUGGUAUUCAAAUUAUUCUCUUCUGAAGUCUGCAACAGGCUUGUAUUACAUUGUGUAACCUCUGACAGAUUCACACUGACCAGAAAAAGAACUGAUGACGGAAACACCAGUGUAGGGCACUCAACAGUGAGAUUGGUGAGAAUCAAGUCAUCAGUUCAUGGAUGAACACUCCCCUUUUAAAACAGCCUUUUCUUCUCUGCUAACCUUACAACCAUGAAAGACUGGGAUAGUGAACCCCUUGGGUCAUGAAAACCCUUUGGAUUUGACUGGUCACUACUCUCUUGAAGAGUUUGCCAUAAUCUAGGAAGCUAGGGAGAGGGGCCAGAGCCAGAGGCUGGCAGGCCAGGUCCCAGCUAGAGGAGAGGAAGGUGUGAGCAGGGUGGUCUUUAGCCCACUGCCUUAAGUCUGAGGCCAUGCAUGAAAGUGAGGUGGAGGAGGCUUCUUGAAUUGGGGCAGGGAGAUACUCACAGGUCAAACACCAGGAACAUGAAGCUAGAAGACUCGUAGGAAUCGAUGAGAGUGACUGGGGAAAGAAGCAGAAAGGCAG